CGAAAACGGAUUUACUUCAGAUUAGAAAUAGAAAAAAAUCUUCGAAAUGAAAUUCUUUCACGUUACUUUACUAAUUUUUACCUUAAUUGGAAGCUCCUUUGCUGAAGUUGCUGAGUUUCAAGAAUGUAGCGAUGAAGACAGUAAACAAUGUACGAUCCAUGAACUUCGAAUGAGCCCUUGUUCGAAUCCAUCGAGAUGCGUUCUCAAAAAGGGCGAAUCUGUUGAAUUUUCUUUCGAUUUUACGCCUGAAUUUGGACUUGAUGCUGCCACAAAUAAAGCUUAUGCCAAUAUUAACGGAGAAUAUGUCGAUUGGAUCGGAGGAUUGGAAGAAAAUGCUUGUACAGCAGUUCAAUGUCCAUUAACGGCAAAUUCGCGAAGCACUUAUACUCGUUCCAUUAAGUUGAGUAAAACAACGCAAGCUGGCAAAUUUCACGUAAAAUGGAAGUUAUUCAACGAAAAUGAGACAAAAUCCUGCUGUUUCGAAGUUAAUGUUCAAGUUAAGAAAUAAUAAAGCAAAAUAAAAAAAAAGUUAAUAAAAAUCAAUAUUUGUUGGAAAAACAAUUAAAAAAUUACAACGAAGCGAAAGG